AUGCUCUGGCGCUACCAAACCGGAGAAGAUCUUGAGGAGAUGAUGAAGGUUCAAAAGGAGUUGACCCCCGAGGAGAUUAAGAAGAUGAAGGAGGGUGCUUUGAUCGUCAUUGAAGGUCAGAAGCGCACCAUUGAAGAGAUUAACAACCGCAAGAAGCUCAAGCAAUCGUACGAGUAUGAGGUCUCGUUCAAGGGACUCUCGUCCACCGAGAACAUUUGGCUCCCCCGUGACGAGCUCAUCAAGCGCGGUUUCGAGAAGCGUGUUUUGGAGAUUGAUAUUCGCGAGGCUCAACGUCUCGGCUUGUUGAGGCCCCUCGUCCGCCGUGAGAUUGAAAAGCACUUUGCCGACUUUGGUCUCGACCCCGAGUUUGUCUCGCACAACACCAUGAGGGGUCUCUCUGGUGGUCAAAAGGUCAAGAUUGUGCUCGGUGCUGCUACCUGGCGCCGCCCACACGUUCUCGCUCUCGACGAACCUACCAACUAUCUCGAUCGUGAAUCGCUCGCCGCGCUCAUUGGAGCUCUCAAGACGUUCCAAGGUGGUGUUCUCAUCAUUACCCACUCGCGCGACUUUUCCGAGUCGAUUUGCUCUGAAGUCUGGGCCAUGAGGGAUGGUCAGCUCGAGGCCUCUGGACACAACUGGGUCGAAGGACAAGGAUCCGGCCCAAGAAUUGACCAAGGUGCCAAGGAGGAAGAUGAUCAGUAUGAUGCCAUGGGCAACAAGAUUGACAAGGCAAAGAACAAGAAGCUGACUAGCAAUGAGGCUCGUAAAGCCAAGAAGGAGCGUAUGGCUAAGAAGAAGAAGGGAGAGGAGGACGAUUAA